CCAAAAACUUGGUCACAAAAAAGAGAUUAAUAAGACAAUAAAUAACUAAAGUGCACGCGAAAUAUUUACAAAAUCUAGUCCCAACUCUCCACCUCCCCUUCUUCUCUCCUCUCCGACAAUCUUAAAUUCUUAACCUUAGCUCUCGAUCUCAGCUCCACGGCUCCUUCUCUUCGUGAGGAUUUGGACUCUCCGACCACUGUGAAUACUCCAUUUCAGUGGAAUUGUCUGGUGCGACAAAGUAUAAGAACCAAGUAUGGAUAUGAAUGAAGCAGAGUCUGGUACUGUUACUGUAACCGGAGAAGAAGGAUGGAGCGCACAACAAGGAGAAGCUAUAGAUGAAGAUGAAUCUGAUGAUUCAGUUGACAUUGAUAUGCCAAGGAUAGAAGAAACACAAGGCAGGGAUGGAUGUUCGAGACCAAAAAGAAAGCGUAAGGAAGUUGAUCCAUUUGUACAGGUUUAUGUUGCACGCAAUGCAAUUCUUCAAGAAAAGAAUAGGCUAUUUGAAAAGAUGGUCCAGAUGAUGGAACGAGAUCAAACAUACAGAGUAGAGCAUGUGGUGAAGAUACUUAAUGAGCUACCUGGAGUGAUAAAGUGGUCACCGUUUCACAUUGCUGCACUUAAGCAUCUCAUAGCUGAUGUAGCUAACAGACAGGGGUUUAUGGCUUUCUCUAGUGCUGAUGAUAAGAUUUGCUAUCUUGAGUAUAGGACUGGAAUCAAGCUUUCUGGUGGAUUGUAGUGUUUUUGAAGUUCUUAACCUUUUAGUAUAUUACUUCUGUUUAUGACUUUGUUUCAGUUGUUUCCUUUGUUAUGACUACUUAUGAUUAUGAAAUCAAUUGUGUGUUUAUGGUUCUAA